AUGAACCUCACCGUAGUCCGCGACGCCGAGCCGAACCAGCAGCACGAGCUCCCUCCGGCUUGUGCACCGGAGCCGCCCGCGCCUCGGCCACGCCCCGGAGCUUCACCAUGCGGCCGUGACCACGACCUCGCCCCGACCACGACGCCUCUGUCUCCGCCCCGCGAGCACCAGGACGCCGUCCCCGUCGCGACGUCGCCUGCAACACUGCAGCGGCAGCACCACCUCGCGAAGCUUUUCUCUGCCGCCGGGAAGCAGUGGCCUUGCCGUGCUUUUGCCGAGGGUGUGCCGCCUUCUCGGCCGGCCUUUGUGCCGAGGUUUCCCAUCCCUACAGAGAAGCCGCAACUGGAACGCACAGCAGCAGCAGCAGCACUUCCCCUUGCCGGAGCCGCGGCCACGCCACCGCCGUCCUCGUCGUGCCACCGCGAGCUCGUCAUAGCUGCGCUCUCCGACCAGCGUAGCCACGGUGUCGUCAACCCCGUGGACACGCCACGACCGUGA